UUAUUCCGCGGAUCAUUUUGUAAAGUCACUCGGUUUUCUUUCCAAAGUUAUUUCGAAAAUGUUUAACCACCACGGAGGUGUUCCGUCGUUGUUUAUGCAAAAGAGACCAAAUUCCGCGUCGAAUGCACCGUCCACCUCAUCUGGCGUAAAUAAAUCUGCCCAAAGGUCUCAGGCACUGGUCACCACAUCUAGCUCGAUUAUCGCCUUGCAAUACUCUACCGGAGUAAUUAUAGCAGGCGACAUGCUAGGAUAUUACGGAACUCUGGCUCGUUACACUCAUUGCCCCAGAGUUUUGAAAGUCAAUGACAACAUCAUCCUAGGUGCUAGCGGUGAUUAUGCUGACUUUCAGUACGUCUGGGAUUUGAUGAAGCAGAAGGUGUCUGCUGAAGAAGAUCGAAUGGAAGAGGGCACUUAUUUAAAGCCUCAUUCCUUGCAUUGCUGGUUAACUAGACUCAUGUAUCGCAGAAAAUGUAUGUUCGAUCCGUUGUGGAAUAACUUUCUUAUCGGUGGAAAUGAGAAUGGUGUACCGUUCCUUGGAACCGUGGAUAAACUGGGCACGUCCUAUACUGAUAAAAUAAUAUGUACCGGAUUUGGUGCUCAGAUGGCUGCGCCCCUGAUACGCAAUGCUCUUGAAAAAAAUCCGCAUCCCACUCAAAAGGAGGCUGUAGAAUUGGUGGAGAAGUGCAUGAAUGUCCUCUUCUAUCGUGACGCCGAAGGAUUUUGUAAAUAUCAAAUUGCUAUCUGUGACAUGAAUAGUGGCACCACUGUUGAGGGACCUAUUGCCCUCAAGCACGAUAAAUCCUUUACUCAUGCAGAAAUAUAAACUUCAAUUGUUUAAUUUAAAUGUUAUAAUUUUUGAAUGUUUUCAGUGAAUCUUUAGUUACAUGUAGCGUUAUCAAUAUUUAUAUUUAUAUUUAUAUUGGUUAGAAUUUAUGUAAUUGAAGGAAUUACAAUAAAUCAGCUAUCUGUUUUCUUGUA